CAUAGCUGGGCAAGAUAAGUAGAUAAAUUAUAUCCAUAAGCAGGUAUGACUUAUGUGGAAAAUAUUAUGCGUCAGACAACAAAAAUGAAUAUGGACACUAACAGUGGUAGCAAUUGUGAACAAAUACGUGACUCCUCGAGGGCAGAGAUCGAUGUACAUAUGGAAACAGUGGGAUACCAUAGAGAUCUACCUCCGCCUUACACUGUGCAGGACGUGCAGCCUCACACAGUGAUCAGGGAAACUAUAAUCAUACAACCUCCACUAAAAGAUGCACCUAUGUUUUUCCCUUGCAGCAAAUGCUAUAAAAGAGUAUUGACUAAAGUGAAAUACGUAAAUACAAGGAAAACUCACAUGAUGGCUGGUUUUAUCUUCGGAUUCACAUGUUGGUGCUGUUUGUGUUGCUUUGCGGGUAUACCUUAUUUAAUUCCAACAUUUAAAAGGGUCAAGCACUAUUGCCCCGAGUGCCACACAUACCUAGGUGAUUAUUCUAAGGUAUAAAGUAUACACUUCCUACAAAGACUUUCUUAAUGAAGCUUAUCAACACCACAAGAAGCUGUUAUACUUGUAAGAUAUUACACCACAAGCUGCACAGCCUAGUUGUAUGCUGUAACACAAAUUUACAAAGCGUAUGAUGUUAUGUGAAGAAAUGUUUUUCUGGAAAUUUGUAAUUUACAGACAGAAAACAAGGAUGCAAUUUUAAUGAAUUGAGUACUAAACUUGCAUGAGAAUAGUAAUGUGCCAAGAGACUGUGGGUAUGAUACAAACAAUACUUUGUGUAAAUUUAAGCUGUAAAUAAACAAUAUUAUUUUUUAAUUUAUUUCUUGUUUUUAUUAAACCUAUCUAGGGCCAC